GUGGUUUAUGUCUGAAUGAAUGUAUGUAUGUGUGAAGUCAUUCCAACCAAACAACUAACGCCGUUUCAUUUUCCAUUAAGCUUCUCAUAAACACAAACAACAACAACAACAAACCAAGCGUCGUUUGAAACUGCUUCUGUUACUGUUUUCUUUUCUGUAACCGUUUUCAUUCGAUUAUUGCUUCUUGUUACUAGCUACUACUACAAUACAACUACUUAGUGGUUGGUUCUACGUUAUAACAAACAAAAUCAGAUUAUUGAUUCUUCUUCUAAUUCUGAUUCUGAUUCUCAGUUUGUUAAUUUCUUCAACAACAAAAAAACGAGAUCUCGUUAUUAUUAUUCUCUCUUCUAAUUGGUUCAAAAGAAACCUUAAUUUCGAAGAAAUACAACAAGAGUGUUGUUGUUUCUGUUUUUGUCUUUUUGAGUUUUUUCUCUUGUUGACUUGUUGAAUAUGAUGUUGAAUUGUUCGUCAAAUGUUUCAGCUGAAGUUGGUGGUUGUUCGAAUGAAGAACUAUGGAAAGCGUGUGCUGGACCAUUAGUGGAUGUUCCUCGUACUGGUCAAAGGGUUUUAUAUUUCCCUCAAGGACACAUGGAACAAUUAGAGGCUUCUACUAAUCAAGAACUGAAUCAGAAUAUCCCUUUGUUGAAACUUCCUACACAGAUCCUUUGUCGCAUCGUGAAUAUGAAUUUAUUGGCUGAACAAGAAACGGAUGAGGUUUAUGCACAGAUUACUUUAGUUCCGGAACCAAAUCAAGAUGAGCCAACAAUUCCUGAUCCGGUCGCUGAUGAACCUCCGAGGCCGAAGAUUCACUCAUUCUGCAAGAUCUUAACUGCUUCGGAUACUAGCACACAUGGUGGCUUCUCUGUUCUCAGAAAACAUGCUACAGAAUGCCUUCCUCCUUUGGAUAUGUCACAACCGACACCAACUCAAGAAUUGGUUGCCAAGGAUCUUCAUGGUUAUGAAUGGCGCUUUAAGCAUAUAUUUAGAGGUCAGCCGCGCAGACACCUACUCACAACUGGAUGGAGUACUUUUGUGACUUCUAAAAGAUUAGUUGCUGGUGAUACCUUUGUGUUUUUGAGAGGGGAAAACGGGGAAUUACGUGUUGGAGUGAGGCGUCUUGCUCGUCAGUCAAGUAGCAUGUCAUCAUCUGUGAUUUCUAGCCAAAGCAUGCACCUUGGAGUUCUUGCAACUGCCUCGCAUGCUGUUGCAUCUCAGACACUUUUUGUUGUAUAUUAUAAGCCGAGGACGAGCCAGUUCAUCGUAAGCGUGAACAAGUACUUGGCAGCUGUGAAUAAUAAGUAUACUGUCGGCAUGAGGUUCAAGAUGAGGUUUGAGAGUGAUGAUUCUGCUGAGUCUGACAAAAGAUUUUCCGGUACCAUAAUUGGAGUGGCCGAUAUGUCUCCCCAUUGGCCAAAUUCAAAAUGGCGAUCACUUAAGGUUCAAUGGGAUGAACCUGCAGCUAUUUCAAGACCUGACAGGGUUUCACCAUGGGAGAUAGAACCGUUUGUUUCCUCAGCUUCGACACCCUCAGUGCAACCUACCACUGUGAAGACAAAAAGGCCUCGACCACCGAGUGAAAUUCCCGACGUUGACACAACAUCGGCUGCCUCUAUCUACUGGGAUGCUAGACUGACACCAACCGAUAAGACACAACGUAGCGUUUUAGCUGAAAGCCAAAAAAGCGAUAACACUGGUUUGUGGCAUCUUAAGAAAACUGAUACUAUGAAUAGUAAAAGCAACAGCAACACUUUAUUUAGGAAUCAUACAGAAGGAAGUUGGCUGUCUUCUCCCCGUUCUAGCUGUCCUUCUCAUUUGCUUCACGACACGACCGAUGAUCGUGUGCACGAUCAAGUUGACAAGGACAACAAAGCCGAAACUGCUACAAGUUAUCGAUUGUUUGGAAUCGAUCUUAUUGAUCAUUCCAAAAAUCCGGCUGCUCUAGGGAAAGGAUCAUCACAUGUCGCAAACAUAACUGGAGUUACCACUGAAGUUAGUUCCAGUACUUUGUCCAGCAUCGAUACUGGCCGUAAGUCUGACAUCUCAAAGGCUGUUUCUAUGGAGAAGAAACAAGAAUUGCAACUAGUAUCACCGAAGGAGCCUCAAAGCAAGCAAAUUUGUAGCAGAAGCCGCACCAAGGUAUUGAACAUAGCAUAUAUAUUUAGACAACAGUUUAGAUUUAUUUUAUUUUAUUUUAGUUCAAUAAGAUUAGUUUCUGAUAUAAACCUUCUAUUGUCGUUCAAAACCUUCGUAAAGGUUCAAAUGCAGGGUGUGGCAGUUGGACGCGCUGUGGAUUUGGCUACAUUGAAUGGGUAUGAUCAACUUAUUGGUGAAUUGGAAGAGUUGUUUGACAUCAAGGGACAGCUUCAACAUCGGAAUACAUGGGAAAUUGUCUUCACUGAUGAUGAAGGAGAUAUGAUGCUCGUCGGAGAUGAUCCAUGGCCUGAAUUUUGUAACAUGGUGAGAAGAAUCUUCAUUUGUUCAAGCCAAGAUGUGAAGAAGAUGAAAACAGGAAGCAAACUUCCAAUCUAUUCUUCGAUCGAAGAAGGGACUGUAAUAAGUUCAGACACAACUCAAACAUGAAACCAUGACAUUAUUUUCUUGUCCUUUUUACCUUUCUGUUUGUUUGUCAGCAUCAAACUGUUGAUUUUAUUGUUUGCGCGACAAGGAAGUUGAAGUUGAUCUUAUGUUAGCUAUUAUUUAGAUGUGAAGCACUAGCUAAUUUGAUAACUUAAUUUGUAGAGACACAACAUUGAUUGUGUUAGAAAGACCAAAAUAGAAUUUGAUUUUAUUUUAAUAAAUUUUGUGGAUAUGUCAAA